AUGUCUGACAACACCAUUACUGUCACUCUGACUCAGAUUGCGAAGAUGAUCGAUCACUCUCUUCUUCACCCAACCAUGACCGACGCCGACAUUGUUUCUGGUCUUCGCGUUGCCAGAGACAGCAACGUUGCCACUGCCUGUGUGAAGCCAUAUUUAAUCCCACUCGCUAAAGAGGCUCUUGCCGGCAGCGACGUGAAGGUCUGCCCAGUGAUCGGCUUUCCUCACGGAAACAGCACCACCGAAAUCAAGGUCGCUGAAGCCAUCGCUGCCGCCGAAGCAGGCGGUGCUGAGAUUGACAUGGUGAUCAACAUUGGCAAAUCACUUGGCGGCGACUGGGAGUAUGUCUCUCACGAAAUCGACGUCAUCAACCGCGCUGUCGUCAGUCGUGGCGCUAUCCUCAAAGUCAUCUUCGAGAACGACUACCUCCAAUCCGAACAUAUCAUUCAGCUCUGCAAGAUCUGCACCAAGCUUGAGGUUGCUUUCGUCAAGACAUCUACCGGUUACGGUUUCGUGAAGCAAAGUGAUGGCUCCUACAACUACCUCGGAGCUACGGUCAAGGACCUCAAGCUUAUGCGGGAGCACUCUGGUCCUAAUGUCCAAGUCAAGGCUGCAGGUGGCGUUCGCACUUUAGAUGACCUGUUGCAUGUCAUGAGCAUGGGUAUCACUCGCAUCGGAGCCACGGCGACCAUCGCUAUACUUGAUGCUGCCAAGGCCCGUGGUAUUGGCGAGGAGCCAGUGACUGCCUCCUUCAAGCCAAUGAUUGAGAAGGCUGGUGGCUAUUAA